AUGCAUGCUGAUACGGUUUUUGGUCGAAGAAUUGGGGAAAUGUGGGUUGCAGCCAUAGAAAUCAAAUCAAACCACUACUUGGAAGAUCUUGGAUUGAAAAAGUUGAUCCGAACCGAUACUAUGAAACAGCUGGAAAUCUCAAGUAAUCGAAUUUUACAAAUCUCAUUCGAUGAAGCUGAAGUGUUUGCUGCAUCAAACAUGAAUGUUGAUCAAGUGAAUGGCUUUUAUCCCACAGGUACCUUCCCUGCUAUUCGUCUCAAUUUCCUUCCAAAACUUGUUGAUAUAGAAUUACCCAUGUUGCGAAGCCUCUACGCACCCACAUCGUACAAAUUUACGGUUGAUGGAUCUCCAAAUUUAAACGUUACAUUAGCUGGAUGCAGCUAUUUCAAAGAUGUUACUCAUGCGAAAGUAUGGAUAGAUUUCCUGGAUUGCAACGAAUGGUACGACUGGAAGACACAGCCAACCGAGCUAGUGGAGUCAUUUUAA